AUGAGCAGGGAGCAGAUCGAACAGUACAAGGCUGCCUUCGAUCUGUUUGAUAAAGACAGCACCGGUGACAUCACCGCCGAAGAGUUGGGCGCAGUAAUGAAGUCGUUGGGACUGAACCCAAGCGAGCAAGAACUUCGGGACAUGGUUGACGAGGUAGAUGUUGACAAGAACGGCUCUAUCGACUUUGAUGAAUUCCUCAAGAUGAUGUCCAUGAAGGUGGAGUCGACAGAUGUUGAAAAGGAGCUCAAAGAAGCCUUCAAGGUCUUUGACCGUGACAAUAGUGGCACUAUCAGCGCCGAGGAGCUUCGCCGCGUAUUGAGUUCGCUUGGGGAGAACUUGACUGAUGCAGAGAUCGAUGAGAUGUUGAGGUCAGCAGAUACGAACGGGGAUGGCAACAUCGAUUAUGAGGAGUUCGCUUCAAUAAUGACAGGAGGCAAAUAG